AUGCUGCAGCAGAGUGAUGUCACAUAUCGAUCCGACGUGUUGCAGCAGAAGGAGCACAUUACCACAGUCCUCAUCACAACAGGACCACAUUACCACAGUCCUCAUCACAACAGGGCCACAUUACCACAGUCCUCAUCACAACAGGACCACAUUAACACAGUCCUCAUCACAACAGGACCACAUUACCACAGUCCUCAUCACAACAGGACCACAUUACCACAGUCCUCAUCACAACUGGACCACAUUACCACAGUCUUCAUCACAACAGGACCACAUUACCACAACAGGACCACAUUACCACAGUCCUCAUCACAACAGGACCACAUUACUACAGUCCUCAUCACAACGGGACCACAUUACCACAGUCCUCAUCACAACAGGGCCACAUUACCACAGUCCUCAUCACAACAGGGCCACAUUACCACAGUCCUCAUCACAACAGGACCACAUUACCACAGUCCUCAUCACAACAGGACCACAUUACCACAGUCCUCAUCACAACAGGACCACAUUACCACAGUCUUCAUCACAACAGGACCACAUUACCACAACAGGACCACAUUACCACAGUCCUCAUCACAACAGGACCACAUUACCACAGUCCUCAUCACAACAGGACCACAUUACCACAGUCCUCAUCACAACGGGACCACAUUACCACAGCCCUCGUCACAACAGGACCACAUUACCACAGUCCUCAUCACAACAGGACCACAUUACCACAGUCCUCAUCACAACAGGACCACAUUACCACAGUCUUCAUCACAACAGGACCACAUUACCACAACAGGACCACAUUACCACAGUCCUCAUCACAACAGGACCACAUUACCACAACAGGACCACAUUACCACAGUCAUCAUCACAACAGAACCACAUUACCACAGUCUUCAUCACAACAGGACCACAUUACCACAGUCCUCAUCACAACAGGACCACAUUACCACAGUCCUCAUCACAACAGGACCACAUUACCACGGUCCUCAUCACAACAGGACCAAAUUACCACAGUCCUCAUCACAACAGGGCCACAUUACCACAGUCCUCAUCACAACAGGACCACAUUACCACAGUCAUCAUCACAACGGGACCACAUUACCACAGUCCUCAUCACAACAGGACCACAUUACCACAGUCCUCAUCACAACAGGACCACAUUACCACAGCCCUCGUCACAACAGGACCACAUUACCACAGUCAUCAUCACAACGGGACCACAUUACCACAGUCCUCAUCACAACAGGACCACAUUACCACAGUCCUCAUCACAACAGGACCACAUUACCACAGUCCUCAUCACAACAGGACCACAUAACCACAGUCCUCAUCACAACAGGACCACAUUACCACAGUCUUCAUCACAACAGGACCACAUUACCACAACAGGAUCACAUUACCACAGUCCUCAUCACAACAGGACCACAUUACCACAACAGGACCACAUUACCACAGUCAUCAUCACAACAGAACCACAUUACCACAGUCCUCAUCACAACAGGGCCACAUUACUACAGUCUUCAUCACAACAGGACCACAUUACCACAGUCCUCAUCACAAUAG